AUGGUGACCGGGAGCCAAGUCCAUCUCGUCCGACACGCCGAAUCUGUUCACAAUGUCACCAAAGACUUUUCUAAGCUCGACCCUUCUUUGACCUCGCUCGGCUUUGAGCAAGCUGCAGAACUUGGUAAAUCAUUCCCGUACGCCGGGCGCGUUGGUGUGGUUAUCACCUCCCCUCUCCGACGCGCUAUCCAAACUGCUCUCACUGCAUUUUCCGGCAUUCUUGACAAACAAUACUUUGAUUCGAGCUCUGGACAAGGUGUCGAGAACGGUGCAAGCCUGAUAAUUGAACCGCUUUUACAAGAGCGUAGUGCACUAGCCUGUGACACCGGUUCCGAUCGAGCGGAAUUGGAAAAGGCUUUCCCGAGGCUGACUUUUGACGGCUUGGGGGAUGCCUGGCCGUCGAAGGACGGUAUUUUUGCUGCAGACGACGAAGCAGUGCAGGAGCGGGCAAGGAAAGUGCGGAGAGGCCUGGUAGAACAGGGUGAGAAAUCGAACAGUGGGGAGAAAACUGAUUUUGUUGUUGUAACACAUGGCGUGUUCAUGAAGUUCUUAGCAGAAGAACCGGAGAUUGACCUGCCAAAGGCUGGUUGGAAGAGCUACACUAUUCAAAAAGUGUCGCCGGAGGAAGUUAAUCUCGUCUCGGUUGCCACGGAGUAA